AUGCAGCAGCAUGACUCUCCUUUCCUCCCCGCACGCUCCCCGCAGACCCUGCGCUCUACUUGUAAGCACUCUCUUAGUAAUGCUUCUUCUCUGCAGGUGAAUGACCCUGACGCCGGACUGUGGAUAGUUGUCUACUUUGUGCCAGCUGCCCUUACGCUGCUUGUUGGCCUUAACCCCUCGAUAACAGAUAAUCUUGUUUGGAGGACCCUCUGUGAUCUUCAUUCUGCUGGUUGUAUUGUUGGGACCAUUCUCUUGGCAUGUUCUUUGUUUGCUUACACUCAAGCAAACAUCUUGCAUGAAGAGGAAGGCAGAGAGUUGUCUGGUCUGCUGAUUAUUACAAUAUGGAUGAGUCUUUGUCGCAGUUCAGCAAAGAACCCACUAGGUGGAAUUCGUUUGAUUGCUGCAAUCUUGGUCUCUUUCUUUCCCUUUGUUAUGUGGCUGUACAUUUACAUGAACAAAGAGAUGCGAGCAUCUUGGCCAACUCACUGUAAAACAGUGGUUUAAUCGGAUGGGAGAACAUAUACAAUAAAUAUUCUGGUCAGAUAUUCUUGUCUCUGCUGUUCGAUUCCUAAUGCAAGGUUAAUACCAGUUUGAUAGGACCCAAGAAUGCCUGCCUGCUUGCCACAUUGCAGUUUUGAGAUUUGUUAAUGAGGACUGGAAAAAAAUAAAGAACACUGUCAAACCUGA